CAACAACACGGAUAGACACGGUGUGGUAUAUCACAUUUCAUCACACACGCCGGACAAGUACCGUCGACGGGUAUCACGACCGCAUCGUCGCACCCUUGCGCCCCCCAACCAACCACCGUCCAGCACCACGCGCAGCCGUCAUGUUGUCGGUGCUCGAAGCACGCGGCCUCGUUCCCUUCACGCCCAGCGACAUCAACAAGACCCAGACGAUUAUCAAUGGCGUGACUUUCAGCCUCGACGCGCUCCGCGAAUUCAAAUAUGAGCUUUACAGCAACCACACCAUCUCCAACGAGUCCAACUGCUACUUGGCUUUCGACCGCUUCAAACCAUGGAUGAUGGAUAAUGGGACGUGGGUCGGUGAGACCAAUUGCUACAUACCGUACUACGGUAUCGGGACAAGGGGGAAGGCGAGCAUCGCGUUUGGUGUGGCAUUUGGUCUUACCAUCAUGUUCACCCUCGUCAAUCUAAACAAACACGGGCGGUUAUAUAUUCGCGAGGACAAGCGGUUCCGCGCGGUGGGGCGGCGAUGGCAGUGGUACUGGAUGUUAUUCACAGCAGCAUGUGGCAUGAUCAGCACGCUGACCGGUGUGGACAUUGAUCGAUUCUACGUCCAGCAGCUACCCAUUAUCCUGCAGUGCUUCUUCUUCAUGCUCAUGAUACCAGGCGUGCUGGCCAUGGUGUGGGAAGCAGUGCGGCACUGGGGGUCCUGGCAAGAACGCCAAAUUGUCGAUGCCGACCCCUAUGGCAUGCCACAGGAUGAUCGCCGCUCCAAAUUCGAGUUUUGGAUCCCCCUCGUGUUCUACCUCUUCGCAUGGAUCGAAUUCUUCAUGACCAUCCCGCGCUCCUGGACGGCGAUUCAGAAGCAAGACAGCCCCGAGCAAACCGAACUCAUCGCCCGCCCCGCCGCGACGAACACAAGAGGCAAAGCGGGCGCCGUCAUGGCAGCGCUCGCAUGGCUCGUCAUCUGCGUAUCCCUCUACCAUUCCAUGCACCACUACAAAUCCACUCCGCCAGGGAUAUUCGGCAAGAUUGCGUCCACCGCCCGCAACUGCCCCUGGCACCUCCUUGCCGUCAUCCUCAUCCUCGCGGUGCGCGUCGCCUACGGGCUCGCGGCGGCGUGGAUCUGGGAUCUCAGCGUGUUCCAAAAAGACGUGCACAUUGGGUGGCCGUUUGGGCUCGGAUACGGCAGCAUUCUGCUCGUCAUUGUUGUGUUCGAGAUUGCGGGCUUCCUGCAGGAAAACGAGGACAAGCAGCUCAUUGCGCAGCGCAUCGCGCGCGGCCGCGUGCAGGACGCAGAGCUCAAUCUCGUGCGGAAGCCGAAUUGGUGGAAUCGGCACAUGGCGAAUCGCUUUGCGAGCGAGGAGCAGCGCUUACGCGAGAUGACGCGCGAAGUUGGCGGAGGAGGUGGAGGUGGAGGUGGAGGUGAGGAAGGGGGGAGAGGGUCGAUGCGUGCCACCAGCGGAGCAGAUGUGGAGAUGAAUGAUUUGAACAUGAAGAUCAGGAACAGGAGUACGAGCCGGCCUCCCAACGACCCCUUUCGCGAUGAGAGCCCGCCGAGGGGACGCGGAGGGACGGGUAGAGUGGAGAGUGAGACGGCGAGCGUAAGGACAGAGCGAACAGAUCUGACGGGGCAGACGCUGGGUGGUGGUGGAAGUCAUGCGGGUGCCGAGUCUCGCGCCGGUGUGCCGCAGCAGAGAAUCAGGAGUAUGCUAGACGUGUGA